AUGGUGGCUGUUGUAACUGUUCGUUCAGAAUCACAGGGGUUAGGUGCAGCACGUGAAGUAGACCAGUUUAGACAGAUUGAGAUUUUUGAUUCAAGAGACGAAAGUAGCACAAAAAUCACUCAGAAUACUACAAAAUCAAAAGCCGAUCACUUCAACCCUUUUCUGAUGGAUGGCGGGAAGCUCAUUGGUUACCAUCGUGGAAGGAGCGACAAACUCUCGUUUGACGAAGCUGUGGAAAGACCGUUUCAGACGCUUGACUCCUCACUACCAGACGUAGGUCUAUUCAGAGUGUCAGGAGUGUUUCUAUUAAGGAAAGUGGAGGAGGGACCGGAUAAACUCUUCUCCCCAGUUUGGAACCAAUGUGAGGACACAUUGUAUGUAUGUGUAGGACCUUCGUUUAACAUGAAAAUGAGCGUGAACAUCACUGCUAUCACCAACGUAGCGAGGUUAAGACGUCAGAGUCAUGCUCUUACAGAUCGGUACAACAAUGCCUUCCCAUCCAGCAGUCCAGAUGGGAAGAAAUUAGUUUACCGAUCAACAGGGGAAGACGGAUUCAAGAAUCUAUACAUAAUGGAAGAUUCAAAACGAGGGGUGGUCAAUGGAAGGGAACCAAGAAGGCUAACAAAAGGGGCAUGGACUGACACACAUUGCCAAUGGUCUCCAAAGGGAGAUUGGAUAGUAUUUUCGUCAACCCGUGACAAGCCUGCAACUGCACCAGAAACCGACCAGGGUCUAGACCCAGGAUGCUUCGCGGUGUUUCUGGUGAAGUGGGAUGAUCCAAAUGUUUUAGUAAGGGUGAUGACAAGUGGAAGUAAUAUCUCAGGGCAUGUGAACCAUCCGUGCUUUAGUCCGGAUGGACGUAGUAUUGUUGUGACUUCAGAUCUUGCUGGUGUGUCUGUUGAUCCCAUAUCUUUACCUCUAUUCGAGCACUCUGUGAGGUCUUAUGGAGAUAUUUUCUCUAUCGACCUUCCCGAAGAUCACCUAGUAAAGUACCAGGAUGGAAGAUACAAGGAUAAAGAACAUGUUAGGGAUGUGAAGGAAUUCACGAGAAUUACACACAGUAGGUACGUGUAUUCAACUGCUACUUGGUCUAGAUUCCCAAUUGAUCCAAGUAGAGCAUGGAGUAUGCGCUUGCCAGCAGGAGAGUUCACUCCUGCAUGUCCUUAUCUGCAUGAAGAUGGAGGAGAAAGUUACCACAUGACUGGCCACCUGGUCCUCCCAAGAAGAUGUUGUUAA